UUAGUCGCCGGAAUUUUCAUGACAGGGUCCGGACUCGUGGCAUCGUCAUUAGUUGCUAAUUUGUUGGCAUAUUUUGCGACGUACAGUCUUCUCGUCGGUGGUGGAUGUGGGGUUUUGUAUCACGCGACGAGACUCAAACUGCGGCACACAUUCUUCCUUAAGCGACGAGUCGCGAAUUGCAUCUUCCAGAGCUGCAGCGUUCUCGGCAAAGCUGCUCUCCCGGCAGGUGUCGCUCUUCUCGCCGAACAAUUCGCCUUCAAAGACGUCUUGCGCAUCGUCGCCGGAAUAACCUUCACCACUGUAAUCUUGGGCAUAGUGUCUACGUCGGACGUUGUCAAGAGCAAACGCUUGCUUCGCAUGCAAAUGCGCCCGAGAAUCGCCCGGGGCCAAAAUGACGAGCCCAUCAGCAGAGCUGUUACAACGGGUGCGGGCAAACGGUGUUGGGCGGAUUGUGAAGCGGCGCUGGUGUUGGUUUGUGUCGCCGACGGGUUGCUCGUGGCGGCGAUGGGGAACCUCUUGUGGGCCCUGCCGAUUUACGCGGAUGAGCGGGGUUGGGGCGCGAGGGUCGGAGCUGUGCUGCUGGUUGCCCUGCAUGCCGCGGAGUUGGUGGGGCGACCUCUGGUGACGCUGCUGCUUGAUCUCAAGUGCUGGGACAGCAGGUUCAUGUACGGAGUUUUAUUCGUCGUGGCGGCUGGACUGAACACAGGUAUAGCUCUGAAUCCUUCUUUCGAGGCCACCAUCGCCAUUUGUGCGCUUCUUGGAUUGACAAAAUCCGGAUUGACGCAAUUCAUCAACGGAAUUCUGGCCCAGCGAUACUUGGAUGACAAAGUGACUUUCAGAAAAUACCUCAAGGCAUUUUUUCGAUCCAUAUUUUUCUGCUGUGCAACGGUAAUUGAUCUAAAAGGACAAACGACGAUGACCGAGAAUGUCGCGAAUGAUGUUCAGUGCAAGGUUGACGAGAAGACUGAAGACAAAACAAAUGAUCAAGAAACGGAUACGGGUUUGAAAAGUGGGAAAGGUGGUGGUGGUGAUGUGGAAACACAAAGCAUCGCAGGAUCGAUAAGUAGUGUAAAAAGUCAGCAAACAGACAAAGAAAUUGAGGAAACCAAGAAAAAGUCAACGCCAAAAACGAGUUCCGCAGAGUGGACAGUGCUCAUCUGUUGCUGCGCACAAGUUUUCCUGACCAACUUCAGUCCAAGUUUCGCAGUCAUUUUCGGCGAACCCCUGGGCCAACAAGGAGCAAAACCCGGACUCUCGUCAAGCAUUUACAAUUCAGCACGAGCCCUUUACUUCGUCUCCGGUUGCUUGGCAGGCCCGUUGCUGGGUUCGUUUGGGUACAGAGUGAUGAUCAUCGGCCUGAUUUGCGGCGCCAUGGGCCUGGUCCUGUCUUCCUUUGUCUCCAACCCUUAUUUGUACUUCCUGACACACGGCGUCCUGAUUAGCAUGGGAUUUGGAUUAGCGAAUUUCGUAUCGUUUCUGAAUCUCCAAGCCUCUUUCAAGCGUCGGGGUUACGGGACGGGGUUCUACAUGGCGUCGAAGGCUGGCAGCGUCAUCGUCAUGACACAAUUGUCCGAAUACCUGUCUCGUCGAUAUGGUUACAAAUGGAUGAUGAGAAUGCUUGGCGCCAUCUCGUUGCAUUCCAUCGUUUUGGCUAUGAUACAAACGCAGUUCCCACGUCUGAGAUCUUCACCUUCCACCCCUGACACCAGAGUAUCAAAGACUGGCGUGUUGCAGAAGUUCAAGACGUCGAUGGAUUUCACCGUUUUUCGGGAGCCAGCUUUUGUGGUGCUAACAACCAUGGACUGUUUGCUUGGUUUGGCUGUCGAUAACAUGUUCUGGGCUUUGCCGUUUUAUGCCGUGGAGCGCGGGUUCUAUGAUGGUGCAGGCGCCAUGCUGGUAUCCGUGGUGGCGAUGGUGGAGCUCGGAGGGCGGUUCGUGGUUCCGCCACUGAUGGACGUGGGCACCAUGAACUACCAGCACGUUUUCACGGGAUUAUUGACUGCUGCUGCCGUAGUGUCAGUUGGAGUGGCAUUGGGACCCGGAUUGAGUGCGACAGUCAUUUUGUGCGGAUUAUACGGGUUCUCUCUUUCUGGUACCGUCGGGAUGACGAACGUGCUGCUAAUUAAGCACCUGAGCGUGGACCGAUUUCCUUCGUCCCUGUCUGCCAAGGUUGUCUUCAAGUUCGCUGCCUUCGCCUUCGGGCCUACUUUAGGAGCAAUUGCAGAAUUUUCUGGCACAUACUCGUCCUGCAUGUUCGCCUUUGCAGCUUUGUUCAGCGUCAACGCUGUUCUAUCAGCUUUGCUUCCAUUCAUCGUCGCCAUUUACUCCAAAGCAAUGCGACACCGAAGAUCGUCGAAUCUGGAUGUCAACAACAUCAACCCUUGA